AUGUUCUUUGUAGAUGGCUUGGGAGGAACUGAAAAAACAUACCUAUAUUGUGCGUUACUUGCAAACAUCAGAUCAAGAGGCAUGAUAGCGUUAGCAAUAGCGACAAGUGGUGUAGCAGCAACAAUUUUACCAGGUGGUCGUACGGCUCAUUCUAGAUUUGACAUACCUCUUCAAACAUCUGAAACAACAACUACAAAUAUGUCAAAACAGAGUGGUGGUGCAAAAUUGAUAGUAUGGGAUGAAGCCCCUACGGCAAAUCGACAGACAAUCGAACUAGUUGAUGGGAGCUUUAGAGAUAUAAUGGAUGUCAACGAACCAUUUGGUGGAAAAGUAAUGAUUUUUGGAGGUGAUUUUCGUCAAGUAUUAUCGGUAGUGCCAAAAUCAACAAGAGCUGAGACUAUAAAUGCUAGCUUGAUAAAAUCCUAUUUAUGGCCUCACAUGAAAACGAUUCACCUAACAAGAAAUAUGAGAGCAAGAAGAGAUCCAACAUUCAAUGAUUUCUUGAUUCGUGUCGAAAAUAGAGAAGAGAAUACGAUAAAAUAUGAUUUGAUUCUACUUCCAGACCAAAUGAUUGUCAAUUUUUAUAGCGAUAGUAGUGUUGAAGAUUGCUUAAUAGAGGAAAUAUUUCCAUCAUUGAAUGAAAAUGAAAAUUGUGGAAAGUACAUGACAGAAAGAGCUAUCUUAGCUAGCAGAAAUGAAUAUGUUGAUAAACUAAAUGAUCUUAUGAUUCACAAGUUUCCGAGUGAAAGCAAAGAUUUUCUUAGUUUCGACAUAACAGAAGAUGACACCAACAACUACUACCAGGAAGAAUACUUAAAUACUUUAACACCAAAUGGCCUUCCACCACAUAGGUUCGUUAUCAACUACAUUGAUCUUGUGUUUUAG